AUUAUUUUCAAGGUCUCAGCUCUUGGUGCGGAAUUUUCGCGGACUCUUUAAAACCUCUGGUGUGUGUGUGACAUAUUCAUAAAGACUGAUGAAAAGGUAACCUGUUCUGGAAUGGCAUCAGUGGCUUCUGAAAGAUCAGAUACUUCUGCAGAUGACUACUGUUCUCUCUCCGAAGAUGAUGUCAGUGAUGUCUUUCCCAAGUCACCAAAAUUCUCAACUGCAGUCUCAUCAAAACCAGCUCCACCUAGAGACUUCCUCUUUCCAUUUACUCCUUAUGACAUCCAGAAGGAAUUCAUGAGUCAUCUGUAUCUUGCACUGGAUGAGGGAAAAAUAGGAAUAUUUGAAAGUCCAACUGGAACGGGCAAGUCCCUGAGCCUGAUAUGUGGCGCUAUUACCUGGCUACGUGACUUUGAGGAAAAGAAAAAGCAGGAGUUCCAAGAUAUCCUUGAUAAAUCUGCAACACUUGAAACAUCUAGUGAUAUGGAUAGCACAUUCACCCCAACUACGCCCCUUGUUGCAUCAACACCGACUGAACCGGAUUGGUUCCUGGAAUUUGAUGAAAAGAAAGCUCUCAGUGAAAAGGCUGAGAAGAUCCGGAGAAAGUCUACGGUUGAUGUGCCAAGCAUCAAGCCUUCCACUGAUGAAAAUGACAACACAUUAAAAACAGAGAAAUUAGGUUUGCUACCUGAGAAGGAAGAUGACAACGAUGAGAACCUAGUAGUUGAAGAGUAUCACAGUGAGGACGAAACAACCAAGUAUGAAGAGGAGGACGAAGAAGAGACUGCUGUGGUACCGGAUCAUGUGACCAAGAUAUACUAUUGCAGUCGAACUCACUCUCAACUCAGUCAGUUUGUUCAUGAGAUUCAGAAAAGUCCAUUCGGUGAUGACUCAAAGGUCGUAACACUCGGUUCCCGGCAGAACUUAUGCGUAAAUGAAGCUGUCAAGAAGUUAAGUAGCCUGUCGUUGAUGAAUGACCGGUGUCUGGAAUUGCAGAAAAAUAAGAAAAAAGAAUCAAAGAAAGUUGACCCAACGCAACCAAAGAAACGAGCUAAGGUCACAGGCAGUGGAUGUCCAUUUUACUCAGCAACACGAUUUGAGGACUUCAAAGAUUAUGUGUCUCUUGACGUUAUGGACAUAGAACAACUGGUGCAUGUUGGGAAAGAAAUUAAAUCAUGCCCUUACUAUGGAACAAGAUUAGCUAUCCCUGAAGCCCAGGUGGUUGUGCUUCCUUACAACACACUCCUUCACAAAUCCACGAGACAGGCGUGUGGGAUCAAACUGGAAGGGAAUAUUAUCAUUAUAGACGAGGCACAUAACCUAACAGAAACAAUUGCAAGCAUGUACAGUGUAGAGGUCACAGGGUCACAGUUCUGCCGAGCACAUUCACAACUUUCACAGUACAUGGAUAAAUUUAAGAGUCGACUGAAGGCCAAGAAUUUGAUGUAUAUUAAGCAGAUUUUACAGGUGCUAGGUAGAUGCAUCAAGGCCCUUGGAGGAAAAACAAAUAUUCAAAAAUACUGUGAGAAAAGUAUGAUAUCAAAGAAGUUGAAUGGAUACGUUGAGAAAUACCAACCAACUGUGGAAUCGGUCGAACCAGCUGUUGAGAAAACGUCGGCCAUGACCAAAUUCUUAAAAGAGAUCAGUCAGAAGAAUUCAAAGCCGACAAAGAAAGAUGAAAUGGCCACAGAAGAGACACAAGAGCACACAUACCAGCCAAUGAAAUCACCUUUACAGCAUAUCGAAGCAUUCCUAUUGGCACUUACUAACACUGACAAAGAUGGCCGUGUUGUUAUUCAUAAGCAAGAGUUAUUAAGCAAGUCCAGCAUUAAGUUCCUGCUUCUGAACCCAGCCGUCCACUUCACCGAGGUUGUCAAGGAAGCUAGGUCGGUCAUCGUAGCCGGCGGAACCAUGCAACCCGUGGACGAGUUUAAACAUCAACUCUUUUCAUCAGCAGGGGUGACGCCCGACAGAAUACUUGAAUUUUCCUGUGGUCAUGUGAUCCCACCUGAGAACCUCUUGGCCAUUGCGAUGGCUCACGGACCCAGCGGUCUUCAGAUGGACUUCACGUUCCAGUCUCGUGACUCACCAAGGAUGAUGGAUGAAUUGGGUCGCAUCUUAACGAACACCAGUAACGUAGUACCCGGUGGCCUGGUUUGUUUCUUUCCAUCUUACGAAUAUGAAAAGGUUGUCUACAAUCACUGGGAGAAAUCAGGGGUAAUCACCCGACUACAGAACCGCAAGCAUAUCUUCAGAGAGCCUCGCAAAGCGAGCCAAGUGGAUCAAGUUUUGGACCAAUAUUCCAGUUGCAUUGAGAAAGCUUGCAGUGAGGGGAAUACCCUUUCUGUGAAUGGUGCCAUUUUAUUUUGUGUUGUUGGUGGCAAGAUGAGUGAGGGGAUUAAUUUCUCCAAUGAUCUCGGAAGGUGUAUACUGAUGGUCGGUCUUCCAUUUGCAAAUAUCAAGUCACCUGAGCUGAAAGAGAAGAUGGAUUAUUUAGAUGCUACUAUGCCCGCCAUUAAUGGCCGCCGACCUGGUCAAGUACAUUAUGAAAACCUUUGCAUGAAAGCUGUUAACCAGUCAAUCGGUCGUGCGAUUCGGCACAAGGGAGACUACGCGACUAUUUUGCUUGUAGACUAUCGAUAUGCUCGACAGUCAAUCCAGAGUAAACUCCCAGGAUGGAUCGUGCAGCGCCUCCAGACAGCUAAUAGAUUCGGCCCAGCAUUUUCUGCUACAAGUAAAUUCUUUGUUGACAAACGAGCAAAUAUUCAGAAGUAGAUCAAGUUACAUUACACGGUCUAUUCAACUGUUAAGACAAUGUACUUCAAUACUGUAUCUCAAGAGGGCGACAUAUAAUUGUCAUGGUUUUUUUGAUGCAAGCAUUUUGCAAUGUAUUACAAUCACUUGAUAUAAAUCUUCUGAGAGUAAUUAGCUAAUGAAAAACGUUUCUCAAACCUGAGAAAUUACAUCAUCUACACUAAAUGUCGGGUUUUUACUGGGCGCAGGCAUUUUAUUUGGCCUGAAUACAGGAGGCCCUCUACAGAAAUACUCCUACAUCACUCUCAAACAAUCCUAUAGGGGGCAGCAUAGCUAUAAAAAAAAUUAUCAUGAAAGCUAUACAGGGCGUACAUACGACGCCCCUCGCUAUAAAGUAUGGUCAAAGAGGGCGUCGUCGCAACGCCAUAGGACUGGAAAGCAGGCCACUCACUGCACCUAACGCGAUUCUAUGAAGAACACAAUGCCAUGAUGCGCUCGCAACAAAUCAAUUUGAAGCAGACCGAGUCGUAAUCGUGGACUUAAACAUGCGUCAGCGUGACUUUGCUUCUAAAAAAUUUACCAGCAAAUUAUCUUCAGUCAGUCUGGACUCCUAUUUAUUGAACUACUGUAAAUGGUCCAAGAAGUGCUCUGGCGUUGCUCAUAACAUGUUGGUAUCUAAAAUGCUAUAUAUUGAUUUACCUACAGUUUAAAAUUAAAUAUUUAGUAUAUAUUUAAGUAAUUACCUUUCAAUCCAAAAUUAGAAUGAGAUAAUAUAAUAUUUAACAGAUGCAUAAAUUAUUACCACUACUAUAUUAUUGCACAGACCCUAAAUUAGUAUCCAAAUUAAGAUUUUCUGUAUUAAAAAAGAAGUCUUCCAUUUUGUAUAAAGCUGAUGGAAGACAUUUGUGUUUGAGAACCUGUAUUUUGGAUUACCACCAAAGUAUUGACUAUAUGUGUUAUUUAUAAUAUUUAUUAUGAAAUCUUUUGUAAUGGCUUUAUGGUUGUAAUUAGCCAUUAUUGUAGUGUUCUCACCAAUUCCUUGAUGAAUAAAUAAACACGAAAAACAUAAUACA